CAACCAUCAACACCAUUUGCCGGCAACAGCCGGCUUAACAGAUUCAAAAAUGUCCUGCCCUCUGCGCAUACCGAAGCCUCAGAUGCCGCUACACCUCUACCGCCAUCUUCUUCGCGAAUCCUCGUAUCUCCCUCCACUUGUACGACGGUCGGCAGACAAACUCAUCAAAGCUCGGUUCCGAAGAGACAAGGGAGAUGCGGAGAGAGGACCGAAGCAUGUUCGAGACGGACUUCAUGAGCUCCGUGUCCUCCGGGCGGCCAAUUCUGGCGACAUGGCCCGCAUGCGCCGGGUAAUGCUUCGGGCGUUUGGACGCAUCGGCCGCCGACGACGUGAAUUGGUGUCGCGCCUUGUGCAGCGCGACAUGCCGACGAACACAAAGGAGCUAGCCGAAUACGUCGCCGAGAUGGCUCCUCAUGCCGAGAAAUACAAGACCUCAGACUGGUUGGACGACUGGGAUGUGGAGAAGCUGCGCACGUUCGCCCUCUCCCAGAUCAAUGCCUCUCUGAAUAAUUCCCCAAAAAUGCCCAUCACCAUCAACCAGGUGACUCCGGAAAAGAAGCUGCCCAAGGAGAAUGCCUGGGGCCGCCCGCUUCCUAUCAAGCUCGCCCGGACAAAACUGAAAAAUAUGUGGAAAUCCGCGGCAGACAAGAUCAUGCCACCGCUUCCCGUGGAGGAAUGGAAGGCGCUUCAGGCUAUCGCCGAGGGGACGGCCCAGGGAUGGCUCCCUCCUCCCCGGCGCGCUCUAGCAAAAAGCAUGUCGGAGGCGUCGCAAGCCAAGCGGAGCUGGGAUUGGCAGUCGUACGCCAUAAAACCUGUCGCCAUUGUUGACCGGCCGGCAAACAGAAGGAACAAGCUCCUGACGGGAGCGGUGGACGACAACACGCCAACGGGGGACCCUCGGCCCAUUGGCUGUCACAACUACACAAGACGGGCGUGGCGGCGCAUGUUCGAAUACAUAUGGAACCUGACCGCGACCAUGAAGAAACAACCGGAUGGCAAAGGGUGGGAUAUUCGCUGGGGAAAGCUUGACCACCAACCUGCAUCGGCCACCGCAGGCAUGAUGGAGUUCUUCAAGGAUUUUCCAUAUGCCGAGAAACCCAAAACUAGGGGCAAAAACAGCACCACAUGAGCGAGGCUGGAACUGAGGUCUCCCAAGUCCGGUGCGCGUGCCAACAGCCACCAGUGUAAUCCCACCUGGCGCCAGAG